CCGAAGCAUUAGGUCGUAGUGGAUCAAGAAAGCUUCCAUUUUUUUUCCUCUGUUCUUCUCCUUUUCCCCUGUUCCUGUCCUUCUCUAGGAGAAGUACUUGGUCUUGAGUUGGUCCAUCGAUGGGGAGAGCCCCGUGCUGCGACAAGGCCAACGUGAAGCGAGGGCCGUGGUUACCAGAGGAGGAUGCGGUUCUCCGGAGUUACAUAGAGAAGCAUGGAACCGGCGGCAACUGGAUUGCCCUGCCCCUCAAAGCAGGACUCAAUCGCUGCGGGAAGAGCUGCCGUUUGAGAUGGCUGAACUAUCUCAGGCCUAACAUCAAGCACGGUGGAUACACAGAGGAAGAAGACAACAUCAUUUUUUCCCUUUACCGUAAACUCGGCAGCAGGUGGUCGAUCAUCGCCUCCCAUCUCCGCGGAAGAACAGACAACGAUAUAAAGAACUACUGGAACACCAAGCUCAAGAAGAAGCUGAUCAUGUCAAGUUACAACACAACCGCCGCGAUGGAUGCAUCUACAACUCCACCGCCUGCUUUGCUCCCCGCCGCCGCAGUCAAGUCAGAGUCUAGUAGUCACACCACGGAUUCCAUUUCUAAACUGUACUCGCCACUAUUUUCCUCCAAUUACAUUAACUCCAUGAUUAACGAUCAAGAAGCUGGCUCCAUGUCUUCGUCCACCAUCACGGCCGACGACGGCAACGGAAGCAGCAGGCGUGACAGGAAUUGGUCGGCCGGCGAGGAGGACACGCUGCUGUCAGAGUUUGACUUGGGAUUUCUGAGCGAGCUGCUGGGUGACUACGGGAGCGGGGAGAUGCUGGGGGAGGUGCCACCUCCUCUUCUUUGGACCGCUUCCGAGUUCAUGUGUUCUCAGUAACGCCGUCUGACUUAAUUGCUGAGUGAACCAUUAGAGACUCGUUGAAGCUCGCUCGCACUGUUGAAAUUGGAAAUGAAUUGAAUUUAGAUGGGAAAGAAAGAGAUGGCUGAUGCAUGAGAUUAAUCCUACAACUCUGGAAUAUAUUACAUUAAUCUAAUAUAUUUUGUCGAUUUACCAGA